AUGCGGCAAAAAGGAGGCGACUUAUGGGAUUCUGAUGAUUCAGGCAAGGAAUGUUUCGGUGGUGAGAAACUGAUAGGAAGAGACAAGCUGAUGACUUUGAGAGGUUGCAGUGAAAGUGAGUUGCGAAUUACUUCAGAGGAGGAGGACCUAAGUGUUUGUACCAUGGAAUUUGAAAAGAACAGUGAUGUUAAAAGCAAAAGAUGCUUCAAUCAUACCUCACAUCUUUUUUCUUCUGAAGAAGCAGCUGAGCACACACUUGUCAGAGACAUUGCAGCAAGAGCUAAUCACUCUGGUUUCGGCCAGGCACGUUGUGUCAAUGUUUCAGAAUUAAAGUUGUCAGAGGAAAGCUUACCUUAUUUAAAUUCAUCUUUAGAUGCAGAUAUUGAAAUGUAUAAUAAAAAGAGAACAAGAAUUCGCUGUGCAUGGGUAGAUGAAAGCAAGAAAGAAGCUGAUAUGUUGGGAAGGGCAUGUGACAAUACGCACUCUAAUUGUGGGGUGUGUGAUGAUUGCAGACAAAGCCAUUUAGGUGAAGAUUCACAGCUGGAGUAUCUCAGUGCUCAUGAGCAAAAUUUUGAUAAUAGGAAUAGCUCAAGUGAGCUUUCAGAGCAAAGGGAAACUAUACAAAUCAAAACCUUAAAGCUGAUGGAUCCAGUUCAUGAAGUUCCAGGGGGUGGAGUCGCAAAGGAACAAAAUCUCGUUGAUGUGUCAGAAUGUUGUUCUCCUGCUUUUGAGUACGGGGUAGGUGACCAAACCUGCUCAGAAGCAGCUAUGCCAGAGCUUCCCCACCUGCUUCAGGACUCUCUGUCUCUGCCAGAUUGCAAUGGUAUGACUUGUGAUCAUCAGGAAGAGCAAACAGAGUAUCAUAGUGUUGUCUGUGGAAGUAUACACGAAAGUCAUUCUUGUGGGAGUAAAGAAAGGGUCUGUCCAAAUCUGCUUGUAUGUGACAGUUUAGAAGAUGGAGAGGUAAAAAACGUCCAACUGAUUGACAGCAUGCUGCCACCUGAAACAGCUGCAAGUGAAGAAGUAUCUGAAAAGAAUGGUGGACACAUUCAUAGCAUCUCAGUGAAGCAAGACAAUCCUUUACUGUCGCAAAGGGAAAGGGCCCCUGCAAAAGCCAUGCAGUUUUGCAAACGUGCAGGGGACUCCAGUUUCUACAGUUGUGAAGAAUCUGGUGUGCAUGCGCAUGGUGCCAGCUGCACUGACUGCGCUGCAAAGGAUGCUGAAACCCAAUUUCCAUUCUCUGAAAUUCUCACUAGCAAGAGUCCCUUUUUGGGGGUGGAAGUUGCAGAUAAAUCCUCCCAUGGAAAUACCAGCCGUCUGAACUCAGAGUUGGAGCAUCAUGAAACCUUUAAAAACGUUGCCUGUGACUCUAUGGUUAACCAGGCUGUUGAUGCAAGUUCUGAUUUUAGAGCUUGCUUUACAACAAGCAGAAGCACCAGUGCUCAAGUUUGCAUCUCGUCCAGGGCUGUUAAUACAGAGAUAACAAUGAUGAACAAAUCUCGACCCAUGGGAUGGUGCCGUGAAACCUGUGCGGACGUUGAUUGCAAUACAGACUGGUCAUAUGGAGUUGGUAGUACAGAGGAAGUUCAGUCACAGCUUACUGAUGCACCGGAAGAACACUCAGAUGGCAAUACUGCAACAGCUGAAAGAAGUUCAAAAAUUCAGGAACAGCAGAAAUCAAAGAAUGAGAUUUGUAGCAGCAAUUUAAAGAUAAGCACUGACAGGCAGGUACACCUUGACAAACAAGCUUUGGAGAAUUCUGCAUCAAGCUACUGUCGAAAAAUACUGCAGAGAGCGAUUGAAGCAGAGUUGCAGAUUCUUAACGCUCAUUAUCAGAUGUGCUAUCAGCACUGCUUGAAGAUUUACAAACUGGCUUUGGAGGAAAACACAUGUUUUAGCAGAUGUAAUAGAAAUACUGAAUUAGGUUCAUCUCUCACGUUGGUUUUGGAAGAGCUAAAAAAGAAUUACAACAGUAUGAGAAUGAAAAUAAAAAUGGGUGUACCUUUAAAUGCGCUUCCACCGUUAUCAGUUGAGAUGAAGUUGUUCCCAAUCACCUCUUCUUACGUCCCGUGCAAGUUGUUCAGAGAGGACCUUUGCUAUAAUUCUGUUUCAGGCACAAGAAAAGCUGACUCUGAAGCACCAAAACUACAAGAAAGGAAAAUUUCUGUCAACAUGGACAAUCCACAGACUGUAUGUUUAACUGAUGGCGGUCAGCCAAGUGACUCUACUUCCUCCAAGACAUUUGAAGAACAACAUAAAGAUCAGGAUGUGGAACAUGGCUGUGUGAAAAAUGAAGAAGGGAAUGAAUAUUGGUUUGAUGCUAAAGAGGACUUGAUGGUAGCAGAUUUUUCAGUAAUAUCUGGAGAAACGAAAAAUCAACAAGUAAAACAAGACACGGUUGAUUUAAGAGAAGCGAAGAUAAUGGAGAAUGGAAAUGAGUGUUCUUUUAUUCGUGUUGGUGGCCUAAGUUCCUCAGUGUCAGAGGGCGACUUAAGAUCGCAUUUCCAGAAGUAUCAGAUUUCUGACAUUCUUACCUGUGCGGAUUCCGGUAGCCACAGAUAUGCUUUUCUUCGCUUUAAAGAGACUAAUAAAGCAAAGUUAGCUGUAGAGGAAAUGAACCAGAAAAAAAUAAAAGGAAAAACAAUCAGUGUUGAACUUUUAAAUAAUUCAUCGGAGAACAAAUCUCUAGUUUCCCAAAUACUUACAAAUAAGGUUUGGCACGAAAUCCAACCUGUUGGUAACAGUCAAAGAAAUGAUGAAGAUAAAACGCUUGCUUCAGCCUCUAAUCCUGUGAAAGCACCUGAUGCCACCUCUGCUUCUGAGAAAAUGAAUCUCCUUCCCAUAACUUCUUCAAAAACUUCUUGCUCUACACAAGCACCUUCAGAAACAAAGUGCCCUGGUCUGAAAUCAUCUACUGAAGAUUCAAUACAUGUUUUGCUUCGAGUUAAUCAAGAGGGUGCUAGAGAAAAUUUCCUACACAAAACAUCAGCUCCUUUCUCCACUAAUUCAUAUGAUGCCUUUAUUUCUCCUAAUACAUUGAACUUGAGCAGCUUUACCAAAUUAAUGAAGAAACUUCAAGAAAUUCAUCCAGAGGCUAGCAGAGAUAGAAUUGUGGAUGCUUUGCUAGAGGUGAGGAAAAAUAACAAAGGUAUCCUAAGUGGCUUGUCCAUCAAUUCAAUUGUGCAAAGGACCUCUGUAAUUUUAAGGAAAUCGACCCCCAGUUUGGAGAACGCCAUCAUCACACAUAUUCUGGACGAAGGUGACACCUAA